GUUUCGCAUUAGCUCCAGCUGCUGGGGGCUGGGGGGGGGGUUUGCGGCUGGCCGAGGGGCUCCAGUCAAGGGUAGAAGCCGGGGUAAGGAGACCACCGGACCGGACUAACAGCCGCCUUGCCGCUCACCUGGAGAAAGGCGGAACGCCCACGAUACCCGGCUCAGGAGCGCGCAGGGCCCCCGGUCCGCGCGUUCUUUGCGCGCUCCGGCUCUACGAUCCAGAAACUCCGAAAAAGGAAAAAAGGAGGGAGCGAUCCCACCCAGCAGGAAGGAGGGAAAACUUUUUUGGGGCGGGGGGGGGAGCAGAAGGAAUUGCAAUUCGGAUCAGCCGGAGGUGAGUUCAGAAGAAGGUUGAGCCCAGGCAGGCAGCGUCGAGGAGCAGAAAAGACCUCGCUGGCUUCCUCUUCAGAGCAGGAAAGGGAUGACUUCAAGAGACAGCUGCACAACAACAGUGACCGAGACUUCAGGACACAUGUGGGGAAAGUACCGUGAACUUUGAGGAGAUGCUGGACUCUGAAGGAAGGGACGUGAUGGAGGCGCAACAGGAGAGCAAGCAGAAAGAAGGAGACGAGACCCCUGCCCUGGCGAGCAACCUGCAGCAACAAAGUCCAGCUGCUGCUGGCAAUCAAUCCCCUCGCCCUUCUGACCGGGCUGAAAGCUUGAAUCUUCUCCGCAGUCAAUCCACCAACAGGAGCUACAACCGGGCGAAGAGGCAUUCGGCAAAGUGGGGGGCCGAAAUGAGCCCCUCCCGUCUUUCCAUGUCUUGGAGCAGCACGAGGAGGAAAGGCCUAAAGGAGCUUCUCCUGCAGACCAGUCAGGCCAGCCCUACCUGGCUUACCCCUUCCCCCAAAGACUCCAUCCCGAUCGAUAGCCAACAGGUAGAGGAUAAUUUCUCAGAGGUGGCUUCUGAAGAGCUGUGCUUAGCUCUGGACCCCUUGGAGCACGAAUGGAUGUUGACGGUGGCUCAAGGAGACCCGGAAAGCAUCCUUGACCUGUUAGCCAAGGAGCCCAGCUUGCUUUCCAGGAGAGAUUUUGUGACUGGUUUUACCGUCCUCCAUUGGCUGGCCAAACACGGCCGUCACGAAGCCUUGAUCCAGGUGAUGACUUUCGCAGAGAGGAAUGGCUACCCAAUCAAUGUUAAUGUACCCACGGCCAGCGGGAGACUGACUCCACUGCACCUGGCUGCUCUUCAGGGUCACGUGAUGACCCUCAAAAUCCUGGUAGGAGCCUUUGGGGCCAACACCAGCCUCAGAGACCACAAUGGCCGCAAAGCCUGGCAGUACCUCCACGCCAGCGCUCCCAGAGAGUUGAAGGAACUCCUGGGGGCAACUGAAGAAGACUUGGCCGUCCCAGGAGCGGGAAACACCAACAACAACUGUGCUCCUUCAAGAUGGAGUUGGAUCGGGGCCUUUCGAGCGGAAGGCCACAAUGCUGAGACUGCAAGGCCAGGCCAGAGGGCCAGUCCCACGGGGUCUUAUUUGAGGAACAUCUUCAGGCAAGCCGCUGCGUUCUUUCAAGAUCAUUAGAGAUCUCCCGGGUGGGAUCAUGGUGUUUGGGCUCCUGGCUUGGACUGAUCCUCACGGCCGCCAUUAGAGACACAACGGUUUAAGAAGGUGGAGGAAGCCGUAGGGUGGUUGAUGAAAUGCUCAGAUUAUCUCCCGAGUUUUAGCAAACCUACUUAUACUUUAGUCUCCGGGAUAAGAACUCUUUUUUGGCUCAAGGAAGUGGAUACGGGGAGGAAGACCCUGGCAUUUGUUCUCUAAAGCAGAGGUCUGCAAUCUUGAGAUCUUUAAGACUUGUGGACUUCAGCUCCCAGAAUUCCUCAGCCAGCAUAGCUGGGAGCUGAAGUCCACAAGUCUUAAAGUUGUCCAGGUUGCAGACCCCUGCCCUAAAGGGCUGUGAAUAUAUGAUGUGCAAAGAAAUUGAAUUCUGCAUCUGGAAAAAUUCUCACCUUGUCCUGGGAGAAUGCAGGAGAUUACAUUACGCAAAGAUAUGUGCAUAUCUUUGCAUAAUGUACUCGGAUUAUGCUAGGCCGAAGGAGUAGCAAAGAACUUUAUUGAGAGUGGACAGCCCCACCUUUGGUGAUUGAAAAACCUCUAAAUCACUUGCUUCUGACAGCUCAACAAUACAAUUUGGCAAGCUUUUUAAAAUCCGAGUUGCAACACUUAAGGAAGCAGAAUAUAACACCGGCUGCCAGUUCUUUCAGCAGGAUGGGGUGGAAAAAGAGUCAGAAAUAAUAUGUCUUUGAAAACCAGAUUUUGUCAGUCUUACCCACCGUGCAAUUCAGGGCUGAGCUAAGUUCAGCCGUGCAUUUUACUUUACGAGAAUACUGAAGGCUUAGAGUUGUCUAUACAGAUUUUGGAUUUUAAGAUAAGAAGAUAAAGAGUUGGAAUGCUCCACAAACGCAUGUUUUUUGGGUGUGCUUUGCCUGUCCUGCGUUUCGAAAGAACGUUAAGGAAGCGCGCUUAAGUUAGACCAAGCCCUUCCUGUUAAUGUGGCAAACUUUGCAAAAAUUUCAGCAGCAAGCCUCUAGGAGAGGGAUCGCCAAACGUGGCAACUUUAAGACUUGUGGACUUCAACUCCCAGAAUUCCUCAGCCAGCAUGGCUGGCUGGGGAAUUCUGGGAGUCGAAGUCCGCCAAUCUUAAAAGUGGCGAUACCCCUGCUCUAGGAUACUGUUUGAUAGUUGCCUUGUUUGAUCAGUCAUUUUUUUUGUUUUGUUUUGCCCACCUGGUUUAAUUUGUCCUUCCUGCUCCCCGAUCAAAAGAAAAGCGCAACCAAGAGCGUAAGUUUUAAUCUGCAGGAUCUCCAGUGAAAGACCUGAAUUCACCUCAAAGGAGACCUUAACAUUAAUCUAUUUUAGGAGUAUAGAGUUCUGAGAGCUUCAGGGAUAUUCUCUGUUUUAAAUAAAGGAUAUUUCAACUAA